AUGGACGGUGCCUUGGCAACAAAAGAGAUGCCUCGCAUGCUCUUCCCCCGCCGCUUCUCCUCCCUCAACGACAUGGCUUCACUCAACAUCGACGAAGCCGGCGUGGACCAAGGCGACCCCAACGGAGCAAUGCACCUGUACAUCAGCAUCGCCCUCGUCAUCCUGCUGUUCGGGCUGUUCGGCGCCGUGUCCCUCUUCCUCCAGUACACCUGGAGCCCGGAGCGCGCCACGCGGGAAGUUUGCCUGGACCGGUGCGAGCGAGGCAUGGAGGAGAGGCGGGCAUUCCUGGACCAGGAGGAGAAGGACGAGGAGGAUUCCCAUGGCCACGACGACCUGCGGCGGCUGCCAGAGUCAUCACCGCGGCCCAGGCCGCAACCUAAGAUCGCCAUCCGCAUUACUGCCCCGUGA